CAGGUCUGCAAAUGAGAACGUACAUUGUUGGAGGACAGGACAUGUAAGGAGACUUAUAACCUUCAGGCUUCUGUUACACAGGGAGAAUUUCUUGAUGGCCAAGCCACGUGUUGUAAAAUCAACUGACCAGUGAGGGUUGAGAAACGAGCGGAUCUCAAUAUAUAAAACAUGGAAGGAUCAGCAGUUACCGAACUAAGCUCUUUAUUACCAACUGUGAAUAGGUUUAGUAAAGAAGAAACCAGUCAUAAAGAACAGACCAAUGAUAGAACGGUUCUUAUGAAGGAAGCUGAUUCUGACCAAUCAGAAGACACGUUACAUGCUAUCGAUGCAACGUUCAGGAUCCCCCUUUUGCGUGACCCCGUGAACCAUGAAGAUCCAACCAAGCGUAAAAUUGACUUCAGCGUUCGAGUAGGCGCCUCUUUGGCGAGAACGGAGGAUAGUUAUGUUAGGAUUAUCCAGCGGGAGUUUGUUGGAACAGAUUUAUCCACGACGAGUACCGACACAAGUGCAGAUAAUUAUCCCCGAGUCUUUCAGAAGGAACGCCGUGUGAAAGUGUCGCCUCGUUUUGGAAUUACGUCAAUUCGACGGCGGAGGGAUAGCCGGAAAGGGUCACUACAAAUCCUUCCGCCGAAGAGUUACAUUACUGAAGAAACGUGCCUGGCUCGAUUCCAGCGUAUAGGUCGGGCCGUCAAGAUCAUAUCAAGCAUAUGUAGCACUCUCAAAAGACACGUGAAGGAGAAUGACACUCGCACUUGGUCGUCGGUGGAGAUGUACUUGCACGUGCAGGAUGACCUCAACAAGAAGUUGGCGUUCAACCCACUGAACUUCACCAUGGUUGCACCGCCCCGGAAGGGAGAGAGAUUAGAACACCUCUUACAAAUACCCCCGUCGGAUAGAACUGCCAAGGAUAUCAAAAUGAUUCUGGCGUAUAUCCGGGGGCAUGCCUCCAUUCGUGAUUAUCCCUCGGACGUCCAAAUACAUAUGUGCAAACAUAUGUUAUACCAGAAAUACGAAGACAGACGCAUCGUUCUGAAACAGGGGCAUCCUCCCUCCGCCUUCUACUUCAUCCUCACGGGCGCCCUCAUCGUCAACAUCGAGGAUAUCAACCCCAACAACGGCAAGAAGUUCACCAGGACCGUCUCAGAACUGACGGCAGGGGACUGUUUUGGGGAACUGGCUCUGUUGGAGAGAAGCACUCGCACAGCUACAGUCAUAUGCAAGACCACCGUGGAAUUGCUGGUCGUCCUCAAAGAGGAUUUCGACGUAAUAAUCCGUCAACCUUUAAUUCGUCAGCGGCUCAGUCAUAUACGGUUUUGUCAAUCCCUUGUUUUGUUUGAAGACUUCCCAUGCGGCGUGUUUGCGAGUGCGCCGGAUGAUUUCUUUUACCAGUACAUCCCAGACGAUUCAAUUGUGGUGAAAGAUAGCCGUGAAUGCCGAUAUCUGAUCGUUGUUAAAUCAGGCAAGUGUUCUCUCGUGGCACCCUACAAAGAAUCGAGCCAGCGUAAGGAGAAACCGCUGAAGAUAAGGGAGGACUUGGAGAGAGCGUUUCCUUACUACGCGGAGAAGCGCAAAAUGAACAGCAGACCAAAAACGGGGUUAGCUCUGGAGAGGACAGCAAGUGACUUCCGGGACUCGCUGGAGGUGGGUCUGCUGACGGGAGUGGUGGACAAAAAACAGCUGGUGGAACGUGGGGUGGAGCAUCAGAGAGGCCAGGUGGGUAGAAGGUGGGGAGGUUGGCAGGUGUGGUGGACAAGAGGCAGUUGGUGGAACGUGGGGUGGGCAUCAGAGGGGCCAGAGAGGCCAGGUGGGUGGGUGGGGGAGGCGUUGGCAGGUGCGGUGGACAAGAGACAGUUGGUGGAACGUGGGGUGGAGCAUCAGAGAUGCUUCAGGUGGGUAAGGGUGGAGGCCUGGCAGGUCAUUAGAGACGGUUGGUGGAACGAAAGGGUGGAUAACCGUGAGAGGCUUAGGUGGGUAGAAGGUGGGGGAGGCUUGGCAGGUGUGGUGGACAAGAGACAGUUGGUGGAACGUGGGGUGGAGGCAUCAGAGGGCCAGGUGGGUAGAAGGUGGGGAGGUUGGCGGGUGUGGUGGGCAAAGAGAGCAGCUGGUGGAACGUGGGGUGGAGCAUCAGAGAGGCCAGAGAGACAGAUGCUGGUGGAACGUGGGGUGAAGCAUCAGAGAGAGGCCAGGUGGGUAGAAGGUAGGGGAGGUUGGCGGCGUGUGGUGGACAAGAGACAGCUGGUGGAACGUGGGGUGGAAGCAUCAGAGGGGCCAGGUGGAACGCAGAAGGUGCAGGGAGGAGGGUUGGCAGGUGUGGUGGACAAGAGACAGUUGGUGGUGGAACGUGGGGUGGGGCAUCAGAGGAGGCCGGUGGUGGACAUGAGGAGGCAGUUGGUGGAACGUCGGGUGGCGGCAUCAGAGAGGCCAGGUGGGUGCCAGAAGGUGGGGAGGGUUGGCAGGUGUGGUGGACAAGAGACAGUUGGUGGAACGUGGGUGGAGGCAUCAGAGGCCAGGUGGGUAGAAGGUGGGGAGGAGUUGGCAGGUGUGGUGGACAAAGAGACAGAUGGUGGAACGUGGGGUGGAGCAGCAUCAAGAGGCCAGGUGGGUAGAAGGUCAACAGUCAGGUCAAGGUUUGGGAGGAGGGUACCGCGAGUGGAGCAGAGGGUGGGACGUGGUCAGGUGGAUCGUGGUUUGGGGAAGUGGGCGUGGGUGGGUCAGCUAGCUCAAACCACAGGGAGACAGGGGGGUAUUAACACUGUGAGUUGUGUAUUAUUUCCUCUCCAGGGCGGGGAGGAUGAAGACAGCACGUUCUGGGCGAUGAGACUGAGGGGACCCUCCGUCCGCCAGAUGAUGAGCAAAAGGAGAAUCGGGUCCAAGUCGAACUACAGAGCAACGUCUGCCCAAAACAUGAAGAAACUGGACUUUCUCCGAGAAAAUACAUCAGUGUCGUUCGCCCAAGUUGCGGAGCUCAAGCAGGGUGCUGUGUUUGGCUUGGAGUCCUUGGUACACCGGCCCAACUCCUCACUCACCCUGGUCAGCCACGGAGCAGAGUGCCUCUUCGUCUCCAAGAAAUUCUUCCUGCAGGAAGCCAACAUCAAGACUCUCCGGGUUGUCAGUGAUAUGGUGAUGACUUACCCUUCACAGGUAUUCAUCCGCGAGCAUGUCAAAGUUCACCGAGAUUGGGUCAAGUACAAGCGCGGGCUAGUGAGCGAGGUGAUUUCCAGAUACGACGGCUCUUGACAACCUCCAGUAUUCGUGACACUUUGAUUCCAACUAAGCCCUUAAAACAGAAUAGCUGCUUAAUGUUAUGGUUCCAUUUCCAGUCUAGGUCUAGAACAGUAAUUAGUGCUGUGUGUCAGACGUUGCUUCAGGCGUUGGAUUCACUCUACGACCGUAGGUCAUGCUUGACGUCAUAGGUUACGUUGAAAGUCGCACGUCAAGGUUUUCUCUAAAAUCGGACACCCUGGAACCGAAUUUUGAAUGGGAUGCGUUCUGAUAGUUGACGAAAGGUGAUGCUCGUGAACACCCCUGCAAUUUAUAUACACUUAAAAAUUAAAUUUGAUAUGGAAAUUACAAACUUAAUAAAAACGUGACAAGGUUGAAAUUGUCGCAGAAACACUGCAAACUGAAUGUCAAACAUAACUAUGAUACCCACAUAAAAUACAUCGCCAUUGAGUAACUAUUUCUCUCUUCUCUCAUUUUAACUAAUAUCAAACGUAGUAACAUAUUUACACCACAGAUUUGAAAUUAAGGAUUGUAGAAUGAAUCCAACCCUGAGGGACACUCUUGGUUAGAUAUACUACUCACUGGAAGUUAAAGAAUAUUCAUUAAUCUGUCUUGAGAGGUUAUGAAUACAGUCAUAGACACUUGGGUGUUCUUUACGUUUUGUGUAGUAUGUAUUUGACUUUUGCAUAGUUACGAUCUGUGUUUGUUUACCCUAGUUCAGCGACCUCGAUAGAUUGUUAAUUUCUUUUAUGUGGGUUUAAUUUGGAUGCUUUUAUAAUGUAUGGCCCAAAAUUCAAAUUUGGGUGAUCGUAGAAUAUAAUGGAAAUUUUUAACAUCAAUGUUCGUACUGCAAAUAUUGUUUUUUACAAUUCAUGUUUAUCUUAAAGAUAUAGCAUCCUACUUUGAUAUCUCCAACAUAUUUUGAGAUUCAUAUCUGAUAUAAACUAACCUACUCAGGUUGUGCAAAUCCAUGUAUGUAUGUAUAUAUAUAUACUUGUGAAGGAGUAAAUAGAUCUGACAAUUA